AUGGAUUGGGUCAUUACCUUGUACGCAAUCUGCCUUGCAGGCAUGAUUGUAGGUCUUGCUUUUGUGAACUUCUUGUCCCGCACGAGCAAAGUACGAAGACGACUCGCGCAUCUGCUUGAGAAGCAUUUGCUCUAUCGACUCCUGGUUCAUCGUCAUGCUUUAUUCGGUCCUUGGAAUGUCGUGUCCUUGCUACUUCCAACAGUGUACAUAGGCGUAAACGCGUUUUGCCUGGCAUUCCGACCGUCUACGUUUCUCUCCCGCUCGGGGAACCUGGCUUUACUCAAUACACUCCCUCUCUUUGCCAGUCCCUGCUUGGACCUCACGGCAGACAUACUGGCUAUACCUUUUCGGCAUUACGCGGCAAUGCACAGGUGGCAGGGUCGCGUAGCAGCGAUGCUUCUAGCGGCUCAUAUCGUCAGUGCUAUGCAAAACAACCAAUACCAGGUCCAGGUACCGGAUCGUGUUAACGAGCUUCUCAUGCUAAUUGGUUCCAUCGCAAUGGUCGCAGCGGCGACGAUUUCCUUCUUACCCUUUUUCCGUCGCCGUAUCUACGAGCUUUGUCUCAGAACCCACCAGGCACUCGCUUCUCUGGCGGCAGUGGGGAUUGCACUGCAUCUGCUAUCGAUUGCUGGCCGAUCUUGGCAGUGGGUGUAUAUCUACCUUGGCGUGACUGCUUUGGCCACUAUGAUACAAGGCUGCUUGGUGGCAUUUCGUAACAAGGCUAUGGGGCAAACGUUUGGACGAGCCUACAUAGACCACGUUACUGGAACCGUGCGAAUCUCCAUCAGGCUGUCCCGACCACUCAAGUUCGAAGCGGGCCAGUACCUGUUGUUGUGGAUGCCGAGAGUCCGGCUGUUUGAGUGCCACCCCUUCGUCGUGACUUCGUGGGCGGAAGCGGAACAAGGCAUUGUCGACCUCUUCAUCAAGCCCCGACGAGGAUUCACUUCCAGCCUGGUUCGGUACUCCCACGAACACGUCGUGCCUCGACUGGCCCUUUUCUCUGGGCCACACGGAGUCAGCAUACCAGUGUGGGACUAUGAGGCAGUAUUCAUGGUGGCUACUGACCACGGGAUCGCAGCCCAGGCGCCAUACUUGAAGAAGCUUGUUUACGGAUACAACCACUGCAGAGGGCGCACGCGACAGAUACACCUCAUCUGGCAGGUGACCAAUCUUGGCAUCGUACAUGCGGCGGAAUCAAUCCUGAACCCUAUACUCAACGACGACACAUUGGACGAUGGCUAUAUCCUCGAGAUUUCGAUUUAUUACGAGAUGCAGGCAAAUGGGAUGACCGUGGAAGAUCUCAAAAUGCUCAUUCCGGGUUGCCUUAGCGACGAUUUGAUAACUAAAAACGCUUCGACGCACCUCUUGAACGCGUCUGAUGUCGAAAAGCUUGUCACGAAGCAUAUUUACGGCGGCACAAGUCGUUUACAUGGCAAACCGGCUCGGGUGAAGGACUUCGGCACGAGGGCGCGGCUCUAUGUGGGCAGCCCAGACCUCGCAUCGAGCUUGUGGAGUGAGGCAUCACGCCUCUUCGACGUCACACCGCCAGAAGCAGUUGGGGAGAUAGGAGACAUGCUAAUUCUUGUGUCCACUGCAAAUGAAACGCGAGACGCACUUUGCGACCUCGCAGGGGGUUUCGUUAUCAAGGAAAGUCACCCGCUUUAUAACACGUACCGGAGGGAACGAGCCAUUCGCGGAUAUCUCGAGAGCAACCUCUGCCUUCGGGAGCUUGAUUACCAGCCGGCUGAUUGA